AUGAAACUCCGACUGGGGUUACUAACAAAAGACUUAUCAGACCGCUUUGGUAUUUCAGAAGGAUUAUGCAGCAGUAUUUUCAAAUCUUGGUUAAGGGCCUUAGCAGAGUAUUUAAAAUGUUUUGUUUAUACACCAGACCUUGGAACAAUAAUUGCAACAACACCUGAAAGAUUUCAUCAGUUUAAAAACUUAUUUGCUAUUAUUGAUUGUUCAGAAAUAUUCAUAGAGACACCAAAAGACUUAAAACUUCAGAUUCAUCAUAACACCUUAAAGUUGCAUCAUAACACCUUAAAGUUUCUUAUUGGCGUUGCACCAAAUUCAAGUAUUAUAUUUGUGUCAAAAGCAUUUACAGAUCGAAUUGGUGACAAAAAGAUAACUCUUGACUCUAAGUUUCUUGAUCUGGUUUCAAGUUAUACAUUGAUGGCUGAUAAAGGUUUUAACCUUAUUGAAGAAUGUGUUGCAAGAAAAAUUUAUUUUAUUACUCCACCUGGUCAUAGAGGCACCUCACAGAUGAUAGCAAGUGAUGUAAGCAAAACUAGUGCUAUUGCUAAAGUUAGAAUAUUAGUUGAACAGGUUAUAAGAAGAUUAAAAGCCUUUCGAAUUAAAUCACAGGAAGUGCCAAUAAGUUUAAUACCAUGUAUUGAUGAUAUUCUGGUAGUUUGCUCUGCAUUGUGCAAUUUUAAAGAAUCUAUCAUGACAGAUUAA